UGUGCUGCCACAUAGACAAACAUCUGCCAUAAUGUGGUGGUGGCUGCUGCUCUCUUUUCCGUGGACUAUUUAUGCAGCAGAAAAUGAGUGGUGCGAUCCAAGUAUUUGCGGAGAGGGGGAUACCGUCCACAUACUUUGCAAGGAUGAAGGGCAAUUUUACAGCUCGUGUCCCGAGAAGGCAUCGCUCGUGAACUUAAAGAAAAAAGAUAUGGAUAUGAUCACGGGCGUACAUAACAAUCUGAGAAACAAAGUAGCAGGUGGCGAACAUAAGGGUUGGCCCAAAGCAGCGAAAAUGCUGACGAUGCAGUGGGAUCUAGAACUGGCGAUGGUGGCCGAGGCGGGAGCCAGGCUGUGUCAGUUGAAGAAGCUCUAUUGUGCCACAACAACAGUUUAUAUGUGGACAGGUCAGAACGAAGCUGUGGAGGCCUCUCACUGCCUCAAGAAUAGCGAUGUUAUACUAAAAAAGCAUCUCGAAGACUGGAUCCGACAGGGAGAAUAUGCAACAGAAGCCAUGUUGAAAGAUCCUUUGUCUGGGCCAACAUCGGCGCACUUUCUUCAGAUGAUACGCGAUAGAUGUGACCGGUUCGGAUGCGCCAUCACUUGCUAUACCGAAAACGAAAUAGAAUAUCAGCUAAUGAAGUGCAUAUAUAGCUGCACCAUUGCGCUGUCCAACCCCUCGAACCCAGUGUAUGUGGCUGCAAAAUCAAAAGGAGGUGAUAAAUGUCGGGCAGGCCACAGUAAAACUUACCCCUCCCUAUGUCAUAAAGGGGAAAAGGCUCCAGCAUGCAAAGAAACUGAAACUAAAACAACCACCUCUACCCCACAUUCACCUGGACAAAAACCUGGACAACUUCCUCCCUACCCACCUCCAAAAUACACCGUACCAGAUCUUCCUCCAAACCCAACUGUGGCAGCUCCUCAACCUCCUGGACCCCACCCCUCACCGCCUCCAUAUUUUAACGAACCCCCACCCUUUGCAAGAACGCUGAGCAUGCGCACAGCUGCAGCUGGAGCUAGAGCUGCACCAAGGAGAGGGCGACCAAGGCCCCGAAUCAAUUCGGAAAAGUUAAGUGGCAUGGACUAUGACUUCUCCGAUUACGUGCAAGAUGUGGAUCCUUGCGACACCUGCACCACUACACCAUGCAAUUUAAAAUAUCAUUGUUUUUAAUCUCUGUGAAAGCUUUAUAAUUUGAUUUGCUGAUAGUAAAUCCGUUUGCAAUCGGUCAUGGUCAUUGCAUGGCGAUGAUGUCACGAAUAUAA